GUUCCAUUGUGACCGGUGACGGUGACGUUUAAAAUUGUAUUUCAUUGUAUUUUGUGUUUGUAGUUGCGAUAACACUGAUGUGUACUUUUUUAAUUGUUAGAAGUCUGCUAGUAUUUUAUUGUUAUAACAAUCUAAACUAACGUAUUUUUAUAAAAUGAAGUGGUACAGUGGAGAAAUAGCUGAUGCGGUUACUUUUUCUAAAUCUAAAGGAGCGGUUUUUGUAGUGUAUAUUGAAGGUACUGACGAAAAGUCACAAAAAAUAACAGACCUUAUCAAUAAUGGCGAACUCGGAGAAAAGCUAGAACAAGAUCAUUUUGUAGCUAUAAAAAUAAUUGCAGGCUCGACAGCUCACCAUCAGUUUAGCGAGAUUUAUAAAGAACCGAGUGUACCCUCGAUAUACUUUAUUGGUCAGAAGGGCGUUCCCUUAGAUAUUAUUACCGGAAAUACUAAUUUAGACACAGUUUCUGCUAAAGUGGAUGAUGUCUUGAACAGGGCAGGAUUCAGUACAGGCCCAGUCCAUUCUAUUUCAGCUUCAGUUCUAUCAGAAAACUUCCUCGCACAUGAACAAGCUGGUGAAGGACCACGAGUCGAUAAUAAUGCUCUUAAUACAUCUGAAGAAAGUCCCCCCGAAGACGAACCCAGCCCUUCCGAAACAGAGGUUAAUAAAUCAUCCGAAGAUAAACCUCCUGCAGAGCAACCGAGUCCGUCAGAAACGCUUACAGAACCAGCAAAAGAAGUGAAUGCAGAGAGUAGGAAUGAUAAAGAAGUUACGACAGCCGAGGAAACUAAGGAGGAUAAAGAAGCUAAGGUAGAUAAAGAAGAAGUUAAGGUAGAUAAAGAAGAAGUUAAGGUAGAUAAAGAAUCUAAAGAAGUUAAAACAACAGAAAAAGGAACUACAGACACUAAAGAGGAGACAGAAGCAGAAUUGUCAGGUGAAGAAAAAGUAAGGAGAGCCAAAGAACUGAUUGACUUAAUAAGGAAGGAGAAACAGAAGGAAGAAGAAGAGAAUGAACGUUUGAAGGAGUUAGAGCGCAGAAAGAUGGGCCAAAAUGUACAACAACUAAAAAAAUGGCAGGAAGAUCAAGAGCUAAAACAGUUAAAAGAGGAAAGGGAUAGGGAGAAGCGCGAGAAUCAAAUGGCAAGAGAUCGUGUAUUGGCGCAAAUAGCCCAAGAUCGUGCCGAAAGACUAGCGAGGAAUCAAGUGACUCCCCCUAAAGCCCCCGAAGCUCCCAAGGCACCAUCUCCACCCAAACUCGAUUCAAACAUCACAAGACUGCAAUUUAAAUUACCCGAUGGCACGAGUGUUACUCAAGAGUUUGAAGUGUCUGAUACUUUGGAAUACGUCGUUUCUUUCCUUAGGUCAAACUUGAAUAUUACUCUUAGUAGUUUUAAUUUAGCUACCACUUUUCCAAGGAGGGAAUAUACAUCAAAGGAUUAUCCUACUACUUUGUUAGAUCUGGAGUUAGUUCCGAACGCCAAUCUCUUAGUGUUGCCUACAAAUGGUGGAGAAGUCUCCACUAAUUCAGAACCCGGAAUCAUUUCGAUUCUUUGGUGGGGCAUAUGGUCUCCGAUAUUUAGCAUCUUGGGAUUCUUUAAGAAUUUGGUGUUUGGAUCUGGUUCUAGAAAUACUACCAGGCCGCCACCAAAUGAACCAGCACGGAGAACACCAACAACAGCCCGCACUAGUACUACUAAGCGUAAAGGAGUUAACGACGGAACAACAGUCAUUAAACGCCAAGGAAACGUUCACAGACUAAGUGACAGAAAGGACGACGACGACGAAAAUAACACUUGGAAUGGAAAUUCUACUCAGCAAAUGUGAAGCACUUAAAUUUUUUGCAUAUUGAGUUUGUUUUAAGAAUUGUUUAACUAUUGAAUGUACUGGCAUACUGAUUUUUAAGUUUUAAUACAUGUUAAUACUAUUUUAUUCUUCUUUGCUGUAAAAUAUAUUACUUAAUAAAAUAUUUUUAAUUAAACGUUA